UGAAUCCUGCAUUUAAAACGAAAGUGAACUGGACAUUUUUAUUGAGGUCGUACAUUAUAACAAAUCAGGUAAACAAGGCGAUGCAAGCCCAAGUUUUGUCCGCCAUUGUGAAUCGAGUGAAUAUAAAGAGUACGAUAAAUUAUGGUCAGAAGUAUAUAACUGAUCUUAAAUAUGUGAAUAAUGGAAGGGUGUGUGUUUCAGUUGUAAACUCCCAAGAGAACACGCUUCAUUGUCAGUUUAGAGGUGGCUCGAAUUCUAUUCAAUAUUUCUGUAAUUAUGGGGCCUGUUUGUGUUAUAUCCAUGGUAGACAUUACUUAGGAGAUUACGGAAUUGUCAUAUAUUCGGAUAACAGAUCAUUGUUGAGUUAUAGUAUUCAGCCUCAACUCACAGGUCCAGUUUUGCCUUCGCAAAAUGAACCAUUGGAUGGAUACAUCCCAAAUGGAAUAGCAGUGUGUAAAUCGGGCUCCUUAUUAGUUAGUCUAUGGAACAAUCAGGUGCACGACCGUUCUCUAGGUAAAGUACUGAAGUUAUCUUAUGCGGGAAAUAAACUUUCUGAAAUCAAAACAGACAAAAAUCGUCCCCUUUUUAUCUGCCCGUCCUACAUAGCAGAAAACGGCAAUGGAGACAUCUGCGUUUCUGACGUGAACGCCGUGGUCGUUACAGACGCCGGAGGCUUUCUCAGAUUCCGUUACACGGGAGCACAAAGUGACCCUCAGUUUGAUCCAUACGGCAUCUGUUGUGAUUCCAAGAAUGACAUCAUUGUAGCUGACAUGGUAAAAAACAGAAUUCACAUGAUUGAUGAAAAUGGCGAGCUGCUUCACUACAUUCAGUAUAAAGACAUGCACAUGCCGCGUGCUCUCUGUAUAGACGAGGAUGACAACCUGUAUGUCGGGGAAUGGUUGUCUGAAGAUAUCAAAGUACUCUCACAUCAAUGAC